CUGCAACAGUUACCCAACACUGUAUUUACAUCCAUCUGUGAAAUGAUUGUUUACAAAUAUCAUUGAAAUUGCAAGCAAAAUGAAUUCCUCUGGAGAAUUACAUCCAAAUUGGCUAGCCCUGACCACACUUCCCCUACAGUUGAAGCGGUUUGUACGCGCCGGUGAGCCGGAUUGUAUUCAGGAGCCGUCAAAAGUAAGGAAACCGGAAAUCGAAGGCAUAAGUGGAGCGGAUGCCCGAAAUUUCUACAAGGAGGUACUGGAAACCCCUGCCACAUGUCAAUUAGCCCGUCCUACAAAAAGAAAAGACCCCAAAAGAGUGCCGAGGAAACGGCUAGAACCAUUCCACAGUGGUCAGUUCUUCCGGUUAGCCACCAACAACGAUGUGGAGGAACUGUCCAAAAUGGCCAUGUCUCCCGAGGAGGUCAAUACACGUGAUUCUUUUGGCUGGACUGCCCUGAUGAUGGCCGCCUGCGAAGGAGCUGCUGAUGUUGUAGCGUUUCUGCUUCAGAGGGGCGCGGAUGUCGAUCUCCAGGACAAAUCAGGGAACACUGCUCUCAAACUGGCCCAAAGAAAGGGCCAUUUCCAGACUGUUCAGUUGCUGGAAGCUGCUUGCCUUCCCGAGGGACUAUCCGAAGAAGAGGAGGAACUACCAGAGGCCAUCAGACCCUUCUACUGUGAUAUUUGUAAACUGGACCUCAAGGAGACACCUUGGCCUCUUCACCAGACCUCCACCGUGCACCAGUUUAACCUCAAGUCACUGCCCGCCCACAAACUGCACAAAUUCAACAUUUCAGCGAAAAACAAGGGCCUCCAGCUUAUGGUGAAACAGGGCUGGGACCAGGAGCAUGGCCUGGGCCCCAACCAAAAGGGUCGCCUCUAUCCGGUGAAGACUGUUUUGCGGAAGCAAAGAACCGGCCUGGGAAUCGAGCAGACACCGGCACGUGUAACCCAUUUCGGAGCUUUCGAUUUGAAUGCUGUACGGCGAAGGGAUCCAGUAAGGGAGCAGAGAAGAACCCGCAGCGAUAUGCAGCGGGAAAAGGUGCGGGAAUGGAAACGAGAGCGACAUCUACGAAGAGAAUUGAGCUAAUCCUGAAGAUCAUUUUCAAUAUAAGCUAUUUGUAUCACUAUUUAUUAUCCUACUUAAAAAAUUGUAAAUAUAUUAAAUUUAUCAAA